UUUGUUGGGAGUUGGGUCUUCCAUUGAGUGGAUGAGCCGAGCAAGAAAAGAGAGAAAAGCAGAGCAAAAGAAAGAAGAGAGCAAAAAUGGUUGUUCUCUCUCCUUCUCUCUCUCUCUUCACAUCCAACCAGCUUGUUCCUUCAAAACUCUUUUUCAGAGAGCAGGCUAGAACUGUGAUGCAGCAGAGCAAAUGGCAGCCAUGUUCAAGUGCCAUCUCAAAACCCACUUUGCAAAGUGGGUUUUGCAGAAGGGAGUUGUUGCUCUUUGGCCUUUCUUCUCCAGUGCUUGCAGUGUUCCCAUCUUCAGGGUCCAUUGCAGAGGAAGACUUGAAAAUGGCUACGUUUGUUGAUGAAAUAAAUUCCUGUUCUUAUCGAUACCCAGUGGAGUUGCCAUCAAAGAAGGUCAUUUUCAAAUGGGUGGAGUCAAGAAAGCCAGAACGCUAUUCAUCAGCUGCACCAUUAUCUCCUGAUGCACGGCUUCGCAUUGUUUCUGAGCGUGUUGACAUUGUUGAUAAUCUUAUCAUUUCUAUUUCGAUAGGUCCUCCGAAUUCAAAGAUUAUAAAAUCAGUAGACAAGAGUACAUGGACUGCAAAAGAUGUUGCUGAUUCUGUUUUGGCUGACAAGUCUGCAUUGCGGGUCACCUCAAGUCAGCGCAUGGCGGAGAGUUCAGUUCUUGAUGCACAUUCUGGUGAAAUUGAUGGUGAGCCAUACUGGUAUUAUGAGUACCUUGUUCGCAAAGCACCCACGAAAACUGCUGAAGAAUCUAACAAUUAUAGGCACUAUGUAGCUUCAACAACCGAAAGAGAUGGUUACUUGUACUCUAUAAAUGCUUCAACUCUCAACAAGCAGUGGAACAUAGUGGGGCCUAUCUUGCAAAAAACUAUAGCUUCUUUUCACCUCCUCCCUCCCACAGAAAACUAUGUUCCUCCAUACAAGGAUCCAUGGAGAUUUUGGUGACAGUGUACUCGAUUUUGUCGUCCCACUAAUUUUUCACUCAUUUAUUCCAUCACCAUUGAAAUUUUGGCUCUAAGUUCCAUUACGUUUCUCUUUGGGUUGAUGAUGAGUAAAGGGUAGAUGACAAAUUUGUAUGCAAAUUCUUUAGUUAAUUGUGUUUUCUUUUGGCAUUUUAAACUAAUCCCACAUCGACUGGGAGAAAAGAGUGAGUGGGAAGAGUUGAUAUAAAA